AUGGAGAGUACUUACGACUACGUUGUGAUUGGUGGUGGAACAAGUGGUGCGGUUGUAGCUCGACGUUUAGCAGAAGGUGAUACAAACUCUACUGUAUGUCUUCUCGAAGCGGGCCCAAGCGACAAAGAAAUCCUCCAUAGUCGUAUACCGGGUAGGUGGGCUAUGUAUACGGAGAGGUCGAACGACUGGAACUAUGAUACUAUUGCUCAAAAAGGUUGUAAUAAUCGUAUUAUUUAUGCUAUACGUGCUCGAUUUCUCGGUGGAUGUAGUGCAAUUAAUGGUACAUUGCUUAUUCGAGGUGCCAAAGCAGAUUAUGAUCGAAUUGCGGCCAUGGGAAAUCCAGGAUGGAGUUGGGAAGAAAUGUUGACAUAUUUCAAAGCAUCUGAGACAUUUCAUCCAGCUGAUUGGCACCAGGCAGACUUAACGGUUCAUGGUACUAGUGGACCAUUGCAUACAGAGCCAUAUCUUCUUGCACCUAUCUCAGAAAAAGUUCUUCAAUCAUUCAUUGACAGUGGCUUUGAGUACAAACCAGAUAUGUUUGCACAGGGCGCUUAUGAAGGCGUUGGACAUGCUGUACGUACAGUUUGUAAAGGUAUUCGAAGUACAAGUGCUGACUUUGUUCAGCAUUAUGAGAAACCAAAUCUUACAGUUCGAGCAGGUGUCUAUGUUGAUCGAAUUAUUCUGGAAAAAAAUGAUAAAAGUACGGAAGAUAAACGUGACUACAAGGCAGUCAGUGUCGAAGCACAUCAUGAUGCAAAUGGUCAACGGAUAAGUAUCAAAGCAAGAAAAGAAAUUAUUCUAAGUGCUGGUGCUUAUAAUUCUCCAAUGGUCUUAAUGCAUUCUGGUAUUGGUCCAGCAGAACAUCUGAUCGAAAUGGGCAUCACUUGCAAGAUUAACUUGCUAGGUGUAGGAAGUAAUCUUCAAGAUCAUACAAUUGUAUAUACAUCGUAUCAAGUGAAAGAUCCAAGUCUAACACUCGACCAAUUUAUCUACUAUUCUCCAGACGCUGUUACAUCGUCACUCAAUAAAUGGCAUGAAACAAAAACAGGAGUCAUGGCAGGAAUUCCAUUUGGUCCCUUUGCACUAACACGAAUAGAUAAAACUAUUAAAGAUCCUGUUUGGGAAGCUGCAAAAUCUGAAAAGCAAAAACUGCAACCAUCAGAGUGUGAUCCAACAGAACAAUGGCCAAAUCAACCUCAUAUUGAGUUGUGGACAACAGAACUGCAAUUUUGCGCUCCUGUCUUCUCAGAAGCGGAUGAGCUGCCACAAUUUCCUGUGGAAGGCGAAGGAAGCAUUACGCUAAUUACUUUUCUAUGUGGACCACAAGCAAGAGGUACUGUCAGACUCUCAUCCAACGACACAACAAGCAAACCAAUCAUUGAUCAUGCCUAUCUUGAAAAUGAUCUCGAUGUAGCUGUACUUGCUGAAGGUUGUCGAAUUGGUCACGAAGUGUUAAUGAAAGGCCGAGGAACAAAAGAUAUCAUUGCUGGUCUAUGGCCGAAAACAUUGUCGCAUCCAAAAAGUCUAGAUGAUUGGAAGAAGCAUGUGCGAGCCUUUGCCAAUACCUGUUAUCACCCGAGUGGUACAUGUAAAAUGGCACCUGACAGUGACCCAAUGGGAGUGGUGGACAGUCGACUUCGUGUACGAAACGUUGCAGGCCUACGAGUAGCGGAUGUAUCUAUUCUUCCUUUAGUAAAUAAUGGACAUACACAGGCACCUGCCUAUGCCAUUGGUGAAAAAGUCGCACAUAUGAUUUUACAAGACGCUACUGUUGAAAGUUAA